GAUUAAGAGAGCGAAGUUCCUCCUCCACAUUUUGUUUUUGUGGCUUUUGUAUUUUUUUAUAACUAAAAAACGAUAUAAACUACAUGUUAUGAUACGUAUUAAACCAAUUUAAAUAGUGAUACGUGAAAGUGAAAAUUUAUUUGAAAUAUUAUAAUGAUAAGUGUAUUCUAAUUAAUAAUAUUGAUAUAUGUAAGGUUGUUCAUAACCUCAAAUAGGCCACAAUGUUUCAAGGGUGCAAGUCUCUGUGUCUUGCUACUUUUCGAUCACAGCCACAAUUAAAUACAAAGUGUAUAAGUUCAUUAUCAAAAUCAGAAAUUAUACAAAGAAGAAAUGUACUCUUCAAUGAUGAGAAAAAGAAACAAAGAGCCGCAAUUGGACGUAUCGAAAAAAUAGAAGUGAAAUAUUUAUCACCACAGGCGGAGGCAACAUUAGUGAUGAACAAAAAUAUUUCAACACCAUACGAUUGUACAAAACAUAUAUCAUCAAGUGUAUCAAAAGUUGCAGCAUUGGCAUUAGUUGAUGGUAAGCCAUGGGACAUGAAUGAACCUUUAAUCAAUGAUUGUGAAUUAAAAAUUUUAACAAUGACCACACCUGAAACAAAAGAAGUGAACAAUGCAUUUUGGCGAACUUGUUCACUUGUUCUUGGUUAUGUGGCAAAUUCUGCUUUUAAAGAUAAAAUUGAAUUGCAUUUACAUAGUUUUUUAUAUCCAAUUAUACAAAGUGGAAAUUUCACUUACGAUGUUCAUAUAAAUCUACCUGAAUGGAUACCAACGCAAGCUGAAUUAUUAGCAAUGUCUGCAUUAUUUAAAAAAGUUUCUGAAAAUCAAUGGAUUUGCGAAAGAUUAAAAGUAUCACCAAAUGUGGCAUUGGAUAUUUUUCAAGAUAAUCCAUUUAAAUUUAAACAAAUACCAAAUAUUGCCGAUAAAAAUGAUAAUAUGAUAACACUCUAUCGAAUAGGUGAUCAUAUUGAUAUUAGUAAAGGUCCAAUGGUGGGAAACACUGGAAUAAUAGGUCGCUGUUCAGUUACUGCUAUUCAUAAAUUAAAAUCACAAGAAGAUAGCAAAAAUUUAUAUCGUUUUCAAGGCGUUGCGAUACCAAGGGGUGUGAUGAUAAAUCAUUUUGCAUAUGGAAUAUUAGAAAACAGAGCUAAAACAUGGAAUCAUACAAGUUUGAAAUGGAAAUCAAAAUCAGAAUCACAUGACGAUGUUAAGCUAGAAGCUGCUGCAUUGCAAUAAAUUGGAUUUUCUUUAAAUAAGAUUGUGUAAAUAAAAUUUCAGUACUCAUUUCA